AUGCCGGUUAGUGAGGGGCUGACUAUCAACCUGGAAAACAGGAAGUUAAUAUCAAACAUGCCGCUGUGUUGUGUGGUGUGUGACGGCGUGAUGUUCGGUCAGCUCUGCAAUGGAACUGCAAACAGCCGGAGGACGUCUGACAAAUGGGGGAGGGGAAACUACGGAGCCAGCAGAGGGGCCCGGCUCCACAAAGGUCUGGACAUCGUGUGCAGCGACGGAUCGAUCGUCUACGCUCCGUUUGAUGUGACAUUAAACGGGAAAGUCACCGUGUACACCGACCCCAAUAAGGCGGCCAUCAACAGCGGCAUCAACCUGAGUGGAGAGGGUCUGUGCUUCAAGCUGUUCUACGUGCAGCCGGACCGGACCUCGGGCACGGUGAGGGCAGGGCAGCGGCUCGGCGUCAUGCUGCCGAUGCAGAGCGUUUACCCAGAAAUCACCUCUCACAUCCACGUCCAGAUGUGCGACCGCAGCGACCCCACGCCGCACUUCUGAUCUAACAGAACUGUGUUCAAAUUGUAUUUCUUGUUAUAAACCAAUAAAACCUAAAGACAG